GGGUAGCGCAUUCGGCGGCGUCGUGACAGUAGGCAGUUGCCCUUUGCCCAUUGAGCAUACAACAUCCAACAGGCUUAAACCACUCUCGUGGAAAACAAAUUGCAAACAUCCCGGCCGAAAUAUACCACAACACCUUUAGUAACCCUGGUAAAUAAAGUUGAGCCCUCCUCCCGUUGUAAGAUUCAGACACUAAUCUCACAUUUGAUGCUCGGUGACGCACUCCAGACGGGCGGCCGCUGUAGGCUCGUGUCGCCGAAUCAAUAAAAUGGCGGCCGGAGUGCGCGGGCGCGUCACAAUCGAACUGCCCGGGCCGCCUUACUGAGCGUGAGGUGUGUACUACAUUCUGUACACUAUGGAACGUCUAAUCCUUCUUUUAUAAUCACGCGAACCCGAUGUGACUUUGUGGGUGCUUCGUGAGUGUGCCUUCUUCUGGAGUUUCUACUUCCGCGGGUAUAUGAUAUGAGUGAGUUCUAACAUGUCUACCUCGCUAGUCUUACUCGUCGUGCUCCUGGUGGGUCGACUGCCGGUCUCCUACCAACAGGACGAGGACAUCCCCCAUAAUGAAGUGAAAAAUUGGGCUCUCAAAUUUGGAGUCGACUUAUGGGAAUUUGGGAGACAAUUCACCAAAAUGAACGAGAUACAACGGAAAUACCACGACAAAGAAGCAGAAGUGGCUAGAAAAGACGGCCUCAUCCUCAUCAGAGAAUUGGCUGCAGAAGUAAAAAAUAUGAUGGAUAUUAAAAUGAACGCUGUUAUGAGGAUAAUGGACUCUGCCGAGCAGGCAGCCCUUUCCCAGAAGAUGGAAGGAGGGACGCCCAAAUAUCUCAACAGCCGAAGAAUGGGGGACGAUAUUAUGCUGAUACCCAACAGACAUUUUGAUCAGCAGCCUGUAAACACCAGCUUCAGCAGUGUGCUGAUGCCACAAGCAUUGUCCGACUCAGAUCCUCUAGUUGCCAACUCACUGAGAUGGUCUGAGCAUUUAGAUCCUGUCUUUGUAAACAACUAUGAAGUAGAUCCUACACUCUCCUGGCAGUUCUACGGCAGCACUUCAGGGUUCCUGAGAAGGUUUCCAGCGAUGAAGUGGCCAACCGAUGAAGUUACCCCAGUGCAAGACCUGCACAACUUCCGACUGAGCAAUUGGUUUGUGGGGGCCGCUGAUAGUCCCAAAGACGUUGUGAUUCUUCUGGACACCUCAAGUUCUAUGACAGGUCUCAACAAACAACUGGCGAAGGCUGUUGUCUCGACAAUACUCGACACUCUCACUGACAAUGACUUUGUCAAUGUGUUCACCUUUUCUGAAAUGACGCAGGAACUUCUUCCGUGUUACAAAGACAUGCUUGCACAGGCAACCGAUGCAAACAGAAGAGAGUUGAAAUCUGGUUUAGAUAACGUCAAGUCUGAAAAUAUCGCAAACUUUACUGGUGCUUUUGUAACUGCCUUUGAAAUUCUACAUAAAUACAACCGCACCAGCCAAGGUUGUCAAUGUAACCAAGCUAUCAUGCUGGUGACUGACGGACCUUCCAACGGCUUUCAAGACGUGUUCAAACAGUACAACUGGCCGCACAUGCCAGUGCGGGUCUUCACCUACCUCGUUGGCUCCGACGCCUCCAACGCCAAGGAGAUGCAUUGGAUAGCUUGCAACAACAAAGGUUAUUAUGAACACGUCAAAGCGCCAGGAGAAGUUAUAGAAAAAGUAUUGAACUACGUAAAGGUGCUGGCUCGACCCAUGAUUAUGUACCAGAGUGACCAUCCAGUAUAUUGGACCCCAGUCUACGCUGGUGGAAAGAGCAACACCCUUCUAACGAGCUUAAUAAAAGAGGGAGAAUUAAUGACAACAGUUUCAACACCUAUUUUUGACAGGAGAAAUCAUUCGGAAAGGGCAGCAAACCUGUUAGGCGUUGUUGGGACUGAUAUUCCUAUCAGACAACUAGCAAAGCUAGUGCCUCCAUAUAAGUUAGGAAUCAACGGGUACUCGUUCAUUGUAAACAACAACGGACAUGUUCUAUACCAUCCAGACCUUCGUCCUUUGUUGAACAAGGAUUUGUUUGUUGAGACACUGAAGCCAAAUUACAACAACGUAGACCUCAGCAAUGUAGAGCUGGUCGAUUCAGAAACUGUCGGCUACGAGAACAACACCCAAUUAAUGUUUCUCCGUAACGAUAUGAUUGACCAGAAGGAGGGGGAGUCGGAGUUGAAAGUUAAAGUUCACUACGACGAUAUGAGAAGAGUCACGAUAAGGAGACAAAAGUAUUUCUACCAUCCGAUUGACGACACUCCCUUCUCCCUGGGCCUUGCGCUACCCGAUGGUUACGGGAUGUACGAGGUUUUGGCCGAGGAGGAGAUCAAGUUGAGUCAGAUAAACGUUACCGAGUAUUUCAAGGGAAACAACUGGAGAGUCCAUCCUGAUUGGGUGUAUUGUGAGUACAACUACCCCAACGAGCAUUACUUCACCACCCCAGAGGAGCAAGUGAUACACUUUCUGUCACGUACACGAAGACCGGGCUGGAAGUGGAUGUCCCUCCGCCCGCGGUCGCCUCACAGGAAUAACGACGGUCAUGCAGGAGCCAAAAGGAUGGAAAGGGAUUCCUACUAUUGUGACAAAACCCUGAUGCAGUCUUUGGUGUUUGACGCGAUGAUUACGCACGACAUCCAACGAGCGCCAACCUCUACACUUAAGGAAGACAAGCACCCGAUCGCCACAUUGAUGGCUUUACUGCACAGACAAGGCUAUACCAUGUUUGGAGUGACUUUGUCCUUCAUCGCUACUAGAAGUGGUCUUCUAAGAUGGGAGGAACAUAUGACUAACGGGCAGAGCGAUCCUCUGUUCAGUGAAAACAACAGACAUGCGAUGGACGAAACUUGGUACAAACGUGCAGUGGAUCAACACACCAUUGAGCCUGAGAGCUUUGUGUUCUCUGUGCCGUUUGAUUCAGGAAAUACACCUGGCACUCAAGUGAUGGCUACUCACGCUGUCUUCGUGGAACACAAAGGGCAUCGAGCGCCCGCAGCCGUCGUCGGCCUCCAGUUCCAACAUUCUGUUCUCGCAUCACACUUCAUCAACAUCACUUCUGCGUGCACCGGAAAAACCGGCUGCAAGAAGACGUGUGCAUCCGAGGAAUUGGAUUGUUACGUUUUGGACAACAACGGGUUUAUCAUUCUCUCUGAGAAGUCAGAGCAUACAGGAAUGUUCUUCGGACAAGCAGAUGGAACCAUCAUGGACUCACUGGUCCAAGACGGAAUCUACAAGAAGAUUCCUGUCAUGGAUUAUCAGGGGGCGUGUGUUGAUAGCAAAUCCAAUGUCAACGCUGGAUUCAAACUGCUGCUUCCGUGGCAGACGAUGGGCUGGUUGGUUCAUUGGUUUUUCAGUCAGUUGGUUUGGUUCGCAGCACAAACUGUAUAUACCGACAUUCACUGGACUUACGCCCAAGAAGACGUUGAAAAUCCAAUCUACUCAGACGAUUAUGAGACAAGUUUUGACCAGUACGGAGGCAGCAGUAACGGCGGAUCAGCUGGGGACACCAUGAAGUUCCCCGGAGAGGAGGACGUACCGCCCCGAGUUAUGCCCCCACCUCCGCCCGCAGUGCCCCCGCGCCGCCCGACGCCUCACAACCGGACCCGGGCACGACCUUGCACCAAACGAGUCGACCUAUACAUGCUACAACCCGGCCGUCUCAACAACAGCGGCAGCUUCAAUCCUCUUAAGGGGAAGCUUACCAACUGUCAUGUCACUGGAUGUGAGAGGCCUUUCAGUGUUCAGAAGAUUCCGCACAGCAACCUGAUCCUGCUGGUGGUGGACACAAUGUGCCCGUGCGGUAGCAAACAGCUGAGCAUUGCGGCCCAGGAGUUGCCACCUCCAGAGCAAUGUCGGGUGCCCGUGUCUCACUCGCUUUACCGCAGACGGCCGUCGAAAUGCAUCAGCUACCACCCUGAGGAGAUAGAGAUCAAGCAGUGUGGAGGGUGCAACCGAUUGGUUGGACUACUGACUCUCAUAGUCACAUCUGGACUGUUGCUACUACACACAUCAUGAUCUUCACAUCAUCUCUAAACCUGCAAUUCCUGUUACCAGAAACAAACUCAUGUUAUUUAGGUUUUUGAAACCUGACUUUGACUCUGUGAUUCUUUUGGUGUAAAAGAAUCUUGUAGCUAAAACUAAAACUAGAGACUUGGUCCAGAGGAUGGCAAAUGCAGUCAAAGGAAAAAUGUAGGUUAAGUAUUUUAUCAUGGACUCUAAACGAGAGGGAAGACAGGUAGUGGUUUAAGUGACGGAGGGCCUGGAGAUUAUUGUGAGCUUAAUUACCGAUAGUGGAAAAUGACAUAGAGGGUACAACCCGUGUAAAACCUCGAAAAAUAUGAAACAGAAAUCAAAAUUUUAAAUUUUAGUACAAUAUCAGGCUUGCAUGCUAUCAAACUAUUAUCACCCGAGAAAACCCAAAUUGUAAGUGUGAUAAUUCCCGUUGUAAAAACUUUUGAUGUUAUUAUCAUGUAAAAACACUAAGAUUCACCUAUUUUUGCAUUACUGUCCUAAUGUAAGUCACUUGUGAACUGUGUAUGUCUUUGAAUGAACAAGUUCGACACAUUUUUGUAACGAUUUCGAUGUUUUGUACAGUAACUAAACUGAAACGCAACAAACUUUGUCACAUUUCGUGGUUAUUUGGACAAAAUUCAUUGAUUACGCAUUUGGUUUGUCUUACAUAAGAUCGAGUCGUGUGUAUUUUAAGAUACAUUUAUAAAAAUUAAAAAUCUACUGUAUGUGUAUACCGGUUGAUGAAAUUGUACUUAACUCUUAGCUUUUUACAUUGACUACAAGUUUGUUUGUAAGGUAGGUUAAUGUACAAUUACAAUUUAUUGUGUAAUUAGUAGGUUAAAUUGAAAUUAAAUAAUUACAACAGAGCUAAAAUAUUUUUUAACUAAUGAAAUUUAUAAAAUGUAGGUUAGGUUUAGUAAAUCAGUGCACUGUUAAUUGUUGUUUAAUGAUUUUUGUUGUAUAUUUAAAUAAAAUAGUAAUACAAAUUACUGAUUUGUUUUAGAAGCUUCUGAGUAAAUACACGAUUUGAAUUGUAUAUUUUUCAUUUUAGGCAUUGAAGGUUGAAGCAGAUUUGCCUAAUGAUAGACUACCAGCCUGUUCUUAAACUUUAAUCUACUUUUUAUUAUGUCAAGAUUACAAAAAAAGGACCAUGAUUUUAUAUUAUUACUUUUCAAAUUAGCAUGAUUACUGACAAACUUUAUUGUUUAUUCUCGCUUCACAGGAUAUUUUGUUUCAACAAAAACUAUACCAUUAGUAUCUUCAUCUUUUGAUUCGUAAUUGUAAUUUGUUUAUGAGCUAUGAACAAUUGAAAUAUUUUAGUAGUUACUUUUAUGUCAAUACUCUCCAAAAUGUGAACAAACAUUGUUCCAUUUACACUUUACAUUCAAAGAACAAAAACAUACUAAAGAACAGCUAAAGUGAUGUUGGUUUUACUUUUAUUUGCUAGUACAAUUCAAUUUAGUUAUCUAACUUAUUAGAAAUACCUUUUGGUAAAACCACUUUAUAACAUUUUUUAAAAUUUAGAAUCUAUAAAGUAUAACCUUUUUUUAUGUCUACGAGCAGUUUGAAAUCUUGUGAUACAUUUGUGUUUGAAUGCAAAGCAAUAAUAUAAAUUAAGUAAGCGAUAUUGAUAUGAGGCGAGUUGGAGCAAGAUAAUUUUAUUUACGGGCCUUCCUAACUUACUGGCCACUUCACACUGAAACUGACAAAUAAUCCCCAACUACUAGUCUUACUGUGACAAUAAUUUUAUAAGGUUUUAUUAUAAUUCACUGAGAUUCUAUUAGGCAAUGUUUACGAUUAAGCAUCGUUAAGGAAAGUUGUUAAGAAUGCGAUUCCGCUUGACGUUUUAACAUUUUCUUCAAAAUCUAAAUCAAAUUUGGUAAUCGAACGCAGCAAAUAGUAUAUAGCUGUCUACAAAUAUUUAUUACCGAUGAUUGUUAAAAUAAUAUAAUGGAGUAUAUAUUUAUAAUUUCUACGUAGAGAAUCUAUACAGUUGUUGUAGAAUGUAGUGUUUUGUUGUGUAGUAUUUAUUGAUGUUCUGUUAAGAAUUUGUCUGUUUAGAAUUAUCAGUCGUGAAUAGCCAGAGCAAGAUGCCUAAAAUUCUGUUUGAUAGUCAUAUCGUUUAGACACAUAUCUCGUGUGAAAAAUAUAAUAUUUUUAAAAAUAAUUUUUUUACAGGUAACUUAAUGUUAUUCAAAUUGGUACAGUUAAAAAUUAUAUCACUAUCAUUAAUUAUAUCAUAUUAUAAGAAAUAAAGAUAAAGAAGUAUAAUUAUUCUUGAAACUUUGCGUUUACAAACAUAUCAAUUACAAACAUAGUUGUAUAAUAGAAAAAUAGGUAUAUAUUACAAUUAUUAAGCUUGCAAAUAAAUGGUCAACAAUCGUGAAAAUUCUACAACACUAUAGUCCAUUUCAAUGACAUUUGAUUUCUCAUACAACAGACUUUUUUUACAAGUCAACAUUCAGACCGACUAUUCAAAUAGUUUGAUAUUUUUAAAAUAAAAAACAGCUACUGCAAGAAAAUUGAAUGUACAUAACUAGAGAAUUAGAACACUACCCAAGUCAGUUAUAGGCUAUGCUUUGGCAGUUCAAGUUUUGGAGAUAAUUCUGCCCUAUCUGUUUUGUGGCACAAUGUCAUGGCUGGUUCGGAGAAAGUUGCGUUUAUUUCAACAAUUUUUCAUUGCGUUCUCGUUUGAGGGACAUACGCAAAAGCGAAGUUCAAUAACUGUGAAGAUAAACUGUUUGUACAUAAAUAAUAUUUAUCGUACUUAUUGUCAUUAAUAUAUUUAUUGAUAUAAUGCGUGUUUGCACUACUAGCAAACAUAAUUAAGUCUUCCAUUUUUAACUCGAUAAAAUGUGGUGCAUCGAUGCCUAGCCUACCUCCCCCCCUCUAGAAUGUUUUAGGCACAGAGGUUAUUUUCAAUAUUUGUGUAAGUGCUUACGUUUAGUGUACCGCUCUUACGUUGGAUGUUUGAAUGUGGGUGUGAGGAGUUUUCUAUCGAGAGCUUUUCCAUGUUUCUUUAAAGGUUGAUUUAAGGAACACAUGUAAAAUGUUUUGUUAUCUAUUCAGAAAUGUUUAGUGUGGUCAGUUUUUUUUACGUGUGUUGUAAAAAAGGAACACUAUCUUGUAGUCAUUUAUAGUGUAUCUUUCCAGAUUAUCUCAAACAGACCAGUGAUAGAUAACAUCUCUGUCAACCUACUCUCAUGUAGAACCAACAUUGUACACUAAUAAAAGCUUUCAG